CCGGGAGGGCUCAGUCAGAGUGAGACGUGUCGCUUGCCUCUCUUCCUUUCCGAUCAUGGCUCCUAAAAGCAGCAGCAAGCAGCAGUCUGAGGAGGAUUUGCUUCUCCAGGACUUCAGCCGCAACCUCUCGGCCAAGUCUUCCGCCCUCUUCUACGGCAAUGCCUUCAUAGUGUCCGCUAUCCCGAUCUGGCUGUACUGGAGGAUAUGGCACAUGGAUCUGGUCCAGUCUGCUGUUCUCUACGCAGUGAUCACGCUGGUCAGCACCUACCUCGUGGCCUUCGCUUACAAGAAUGUUAAAUUUGUUCUUAAACACAAGGUGGCCCAGAAGCGGGAAGAUGCUGUCUCAAGAGAAGUAACCCGCAAACUGUCUGAAGCUGACAACAGGAAGAUGUCUCGUAAGGAAAAAGAUGAAAGGAUUCUCUGGAAGAAAAAUGAGGUUGCGGAUUAUGAGGCUACUAACUUCUCCAUCUUCUACAACAACACUCUGUUCCUGGUCUUGGUCAUUGUCUCCUCAUUCUUCCUGCUGAAGAACUUCAACCCUACAGUAAACUACAUCCUGUCUUUAAGUGUUGCUUCUGGCCUUAUUGCGCUGCUGUCUACUGGAUCAAAGUAAACGUUCUAUAACCGGACAAACAACUUGGCGUAGAGAAUCGUUCUAUGUAUUUUUUUUUUUGUGUAAUAGGCAACAUGUACAAUAAAGAUUGGGUUGGAUUUCU